AUGGUCAAGAAAUCAUUCAUCUUACUGGGUCAACCGGCCAGCACUUCCCAAGAACUUGAAGUAGAUCUUCAGAAUACGUUCGAGUAUUUGCAAUACAAUGUCGCUCAAAACUUUUCCAUUGCACAACCAUCAGGAAUCUCGUUCCAAACCGAUAAAGAUGGAGUUCUGGAUGAUCUCGAUAACUUUGUAGAUGCUUCUUCCCUAAUUGGUAUUCUCAUUGAUGGAAACCAAGUCAGAGAUGUCCCUGGACCAACAGGUCUUCCCAUCGCUGGAAGUUACUACGAAGUGUACCCGGACCAUCUCGGAAAUCAUCAACGACUUUUUGAACAAUACGGACCAGUGUACAAGACGACAGACAUGGGUCGUACAACUUACCACACCAAUGAUCCUAGGGUAGCUGAUGUUUGUUUUGGAGAGGGUGGUUACUGGUCGAAAGUGAUCAAUUCCGAUCAUCCAUUGUACGGUAUCAGAGAUCCUAUGGCUGGUAUCUUCUUGUCCGAUACCGAUACUGAAUCAUGGAGAGAAACACAUAAAUUUUUGGCACCAGCACUGAGCCCAAAAGCUGUUAGGCAUUACACACCUCAAAUGCAAAACACGGCGGAGCAAGCUUUCAAAGUGUUUGACGAAUUCGAUGAGAAAGAUGAAGCUUGGAAUGUGUACCAUUAUAUGUUCAAGACGGGUUCCACUGCGAUCGGAAAAUUGGCUUUGGGCAUGGAAAUGCAUCAUUUUGAUUCGGCUAAUGCACCUCUUCAUGAUCUCGUAAUGACUGUUGGCCACAACUUGGAACUCAACAAAAAAGUCUCGGUUAUGGGGGAUUGGUACUCUCAUUUGCCAUGGGGAGUACCAAAGCAACUUAGGGACAAUAAAGCACACGUGAAAGAAUUGAUAGAAGAGGCUAUCAGAAAUGUAAAGAGUGGUGGAACCGAAGAUUUGCCCAUGCAAGAUGCUGCAUUGAAGGCGACUUGUAUCGUUGACUAUCUCGCAAGAGCAACUGACGAUAAAGGCAACAAGCUCGCGGAUAAAUACCGCAACAGCGCCGCACUAGUGACGAUAGGAGCUGGAUUUGUCACGACAGCUUCACUCCUCAGUUGGCUUCUGUUCAGUAUUGCUUCAUACCCCGGCAAUCAGGAACGCUUGCUCCAGGAGCUCAUCGAUCACGAUGUCACAAAUGAGACAGAAUGGACACCCGAUCUUGCAAACUCACUUGAGUUCCUUGGUCUCUUUAUCAAAGAAACACAACGUCUCCACAACCCCUCUUACCAACCAGGUCGUACCGCCCUAGCCGAUGUAAUCAUACCUGGCGGCUACCGAAUUCCCAAAGGUUCUGUCAUGAUCAUCGAUAUCCACCAUAUUCACAACAAUCCCAAAGUCUGGCAGUCUCCAGCAGAUUUUGAUCCUGAUCGUUGGAACACCGAAAAGGUGAAGCAGAGACACAAGACCGCAUAUGCACCAUUUGCCGCCGGCCCUCGAAUGUGUAUCGGUUUUAAUUUCGCAUUGCAGGAAGUAAGAGUCAUUCUUUCAAUGUUGGUAUAUAGAUAUCAAUUUGAAAAGGUGGGCAGUGAGCCAGUUGAAUACGACCCGUCGUUUCAGCUAAUCCGUCCGAACAAUUUCUUUGUGAAAGCAAAAAGAAGGACGAGCUGGCCAGAGAAGUCGAAAAAGUUCACGGGUCCUUGA